UUUGUGCUCUAUCAAUGGGAGGCUACUCUCAGAUUUUGCGAGACUUGUUUACAUGGACUAUGAACCUGACAAGCACCUGCUAAAUGUUCGAGAUCCUGUAACCUAGGUCAUAAGUAAGCUUCUAUUAAAACAAUCAUGGCAUCAAGACAGAUCCCACAAGUGAUGCGGAAGAUCGUCUGUACCCAGCUGAGUCCCAAGUUCAGGGAGUCCACCUCCAUCAUCGAGGCCCCCAUUCCGCAGCCUGGCCCCAAGGAUGUGCUCAUACAGAACCAGUAUGUGGGCAUCAAUGCCUCGGACAUCAACUACACAGCAGGGAGAUACGAUGCCACGCUUAAACCACCGUUCGACAUCGGUUUUGAGGGUAUUGGUGAAGUGGUGGCUGCUGGUGAUCAGAGCAAGGUGAAGGUCGGCCAGUCAGUCCUCUAUAUGGUGAUGGGGGCUUUCACAGAAUACAAGCUUCUGCCAGCCAAACACGUGAUUCCUGUUCCGAGUUCCAACCCAAAGUUACUUCCCUUUCCUGUGAGUGGGUUGACAGCUGCCAUCAGUUUAGACAAGGUGGGGGAGAUCCAGAAAGGAGAGAAAGUUCUUGUGACAGCUGCAGCCGGGGGCACCGGGCAGUUUGCUGUCCAACUGGCGAAGCUUGCUGGCUGUCAUGUUAUCGGUACAUGUUCUAGCGAGGAAAAAGUGAAAUUUCUAAAGAGUCUUGGCUGCGACAGACCCAUCAACUACAAAGUGGAGAGUGUCAAAGAAGUCUUGAAGAAGGAAUACCCGGGCGGUAUUGAUGUGGUGUACGAGUCUGUGGGAGGAGAGAUGUUUGAUACUUGUGUCAACAGUUUGGCAACAAAGGGUCGGUUGAUCGUGAUUGGCUAUAUCUCGGGCUAUGAGAGUCAGACUGGGUUCAAACCUUCACGGACAUCAGCUCUGCCACAACGGCUUCUGCCCAAAUCAGCAAGUGUCCGAGGUUUCUUCUUGUUUCAUUACACCAACUAUAUACAGGAGUACAUGGCCAAACUCAUCACACUCCUCUCCCAGGGCAAGCUGCAGAGCGUGAUAGACCAAGGGGAGACAACUCCCACAGGGCCCUUUGUAGGGCUGGACAGUGUUGCAGAUGCUAUAGAUUACAUGUACCAAGGCACGAACAAGGGCAAGGUCGUGGUUCAGCUGAAGGCCUCCACAUCCAGCAAGCUGUAAAAGCAGUCACCAGGACAGUAGUACACUGAAUUUUCCAGGCAAUGUUUCCGGACACUGCAAUCAAAGACAAUUUGUGAAAUCAGGGAUCUCUUAAAAAUGUCAAUAUGUCUUCCCCCAAAGAUUGGAUAACGAGUUCUUCUUGGCAAGGGCAAGACAAUAUCAUUAAUCAAAUCUGUUACUCCAGUGAAAUACCUCACUACAUGAAGAUCUGACAAGCCCUAUCAGGUGAACUAUCUAAAUCAGCCAAUCAGGCCUCUAAAUUCAUUGAGCAGAAUUAUUACAUUUUGUAUCAUUAAGAUGAACAUAAACGACCAGUUCCAAAUGGAAAUAAUAAAGGUUGAACUGUGUUUUGUUUAGAAUACACUUAUUGUGUUACUUGUUUGAUGACGCUCCCAUCAUGUUCUGAAGUUUCAUGAGACUAUUCUGAGUGUUGUGAGACCUGUGCCUUGAAUAAAUCAAUUGUGAAGUCCCUACAAACCGAGUAUGUCACGCCAUCAACUCCAGGAGAGAUUCCCAUCAUGCAUCUAUAUUGUUUCAGCAGCGGAAUAUUACGGGUGCCAUGGCAGCUUCCUCAAAAGGGAGUACCUUCAAAGGAUGCUUGCGUUUGUGGGUUUUCUUUUGUGAAAAUCAAAAUUUCUGGUUUUGGUAAGGAACUGAAGCCAAAAGCUGUUUUAGGAAGCUGAUAUCUGAUUGGCUCAAGAACACACACAUCCUUCAUAUAGAAUGGGCUGUCAAGGUUCACUUGAGACAGUCUGCGAGGUGGUUGUAGGGUCAUGGUAUGGGGUUGCAGACAGGAACAUGGGUGUAAAUGAUCUGAUUUUAUUUGGAUUGAUGGGAAGCCUACAUCAUGUGGCCGUAACCAUCUUGCUACACAGAUGUGUUGAUCAUCACGCCAAGAUGCAGGAGUGAAUCAAAUUUGAGGUUAAUUGAGAAUAUUAGACAUGAAAAAGAAAGAAUAGCUUUUAACCCAAAAUAAGUAAUCAUCAUCAUUCUCACCCCUGGGUGUCAUCAAGUUGUGAAAGUCAUCCAAAACACAUCGUGUGUUUAGGAAUAUCUUCUUUACAAAUUGGUAGCAGUAUACAACCACCGCUGAUUGAAUGAUUGAUAAUCUGUCAUGUAAUUUGGAAAUAAAGCUAUUUCUAUAUCAGA